CGGGUCCAGGUGAGCAGUCGCUGGUCGUCGGGGCGGCCGGCCGGCGCGGCGGCUCCAGGGCCCAGCAUGCGCGGGGGACCCUGCGGUCACCAUGUACGUGGGCUAUGUGCUGGACAAGGACUCCCCCGUGUACCCGGGCCCCGCCAGGCCAUCCAGCCUCGGCCUGGGCCCUCCGACCUACGCGCCCCCCGGGCCGGCGCCUGCGCCCCCGCAGUACCCCGACUUCGCGGGUUACACGCACGUGGAACCGGCGCCCGCGCCCCCUCCGACCUGGGCUGCGCCCUUCCCUGCGCCCAAGGACGACUGGGCAGCUGCCUAUGGCCCGGGCCCCGCGGCCCCCGCCGCCAGCCCGGCCCCGCUGGCCUUCGGGCCCCCUCCGGACUUUAGCCCGGUGCCCGCGCCUCCCGGGCCCGGGCCCGGCAUCCUGGCCCAGUCCCUCGGGGGUCCGGGCGCACCGUCUUCGCCAGGAGCGCCAAGGCGGACGCCCUACGAAUGGAUGCGGCGCAGCGUGGCGGCUGCAGGCGGCGGUGGCAGCGGUAAGACUCGGACCAAGGACAAGUACCGUGUGGUCUAUACAGACCACCAACGCCUAGAGCUGGAAAAGGAGUUUCACUACAGCCGGUACAUCACCAUCCGGCGCAAGUCGGAGCUGGCUGCUAACCUGGGGCUCACAGAGAGGCAGGUAAAGAUCUGGUUCCAGAACCGCCGGGCCAAGGAGCGCAAAGUAAACAAGAAGAAACAGCAGCAGCAGCAGCCCCCUAUGCCUCCCACACAGCUGCCUCUGCCCCUGGAUGGCACCCCCACACCAUCAGGGCCACCCCUGGGUAGUCUAUGCCCCACCAAUGCUGGCCUUCUGGGCACACCCUCGCCAGUGCCAGUCAAGGAGGAGUUUCUACCUUAGGCCCUUCCAGCCUGGGGUCCAGGGAUCUAGGGACUUGAAUGUUGGGCCCCUGGCUUUGCUGGGACCCAAGGAGCCUGUCUGAGUUCCAGCCCUGCUGUUGACCUUAGGACACUUAGGACACUGCUCUUGUCACUGUGGACAAAUUGCCUAUCUAGGACAAGUAGCUUGCCCACUCCCUGCCUUCCAUUGGCUGGGCUGUGUGAUGAGCCUGUUGGACAAGCUCUUAUGUCCUGCCUGGGCCACGGGGUGAUGGGGAAGCCCAGUGAGAAGUCUCAAUCACCUGGGGAUUCCACAAGAUUCAGAGGGCGCAAUGAGCUGUCAAGACAAGGUUGAGGCUCCAUUGUCUCCUCCAGAGUUCCAGAGUGAGGUGGACGGCUGCUGUAUGGACCAGACUGGCUCUGGAGAGGAGUCCAUGUUGAGAGAAGGUGGUACACGAGUCUAGACUCCCAUGUGAAGCACAAGGCUGAUAUCUAUCCCACCUGUCUCCUCCUCCAGCCUCACCUUCACCUGACCUAGCGCCCCAUGCUCCGGCCCUCCCCAUCCUGGAGGUAGCCACAAAGCCAUCAGGACUGGGCAUGAGGAAGAGGCUGGGCAAUUGGCCACUGCUCUUGAGACAGAACUUGCCCCCUCCUUAACAUCCGGAGAGGCCUGUGGAUGGAAGGGAAGGCUCUCAAUGUAGACUCUAUGAGUCUACCUACCUGCUCGUGCCCAUCUUCCCACAGGUUUCCCAUCACACCUAGGGAGCCCCCAGACCAUGGGGGACUCACAGCUGUACAGGAGUUAAGCAGAGUGGAAUCUCUUGGAUGCAGCUUCAGGAAUAAGUUUUUCCCUUUUAAACAAUUUAUAAAAAUCAUACAUAGCAUUAAAGGAAUUUUUUUUUAAAGUU